AUGCCGAAAAUAUUGAUUGACAGAGGAACUUCCGUUGAGAUCUUGUUUUACGAGACGUUAAAACAAAUGGGCCUCAAAGACGAAUGCCUUAUACCAUCUAACUAUCACAUAUUUGGUUCCAAUGGCUCGUCCGCUCGUCCGAGAGGAGAGGUAGCCCUGGAGGUUCGUGUGGGAAAAAUCCUCACCCUCACCACAUUCUGUGUUGUGGACGUAAUAUUACCAUACACAUCCAUUGUUGGGAGAUCUUGGAUCCAUGGGAUCAAAGGAGUUGCAUCAACUUAUCAUCAGAGAAUAAGGUUUCCAAUACCCGAUGGGAUCGCGGAGGUCAUUGGAGACUCAGGCGAGGCUAAGUACUGUUACAACAUGGACGUACAAAAAGGCGAAAAGAAGGUCAAUUCCCCUAAAGCAAAGAAGGAAAGAGCCAAGCAUGCUAAGGGCCAGACUGAAAUCAAUGCUUACACGGUGGAAACAAACAAAACAAAGAGUUCAGGCGAUAUGUCAAUCCAAACCUCGGACAUUCCUAUGGAGCCAUUAUAG